GUAAAACUAAACGGCACAUAUUAAACACAUUAAACUCACAGAUACACUCCGUACCUCUUUUACCCGUCUUCAGUGUUGUUUUCUAACCUGGAAUAGUUUGGAUGUCCGCCGGAAACCGUGGGAUAUUUUGACAUCCGCGUUCAGCACAGCAAGCAGCUCCUGUCAAGUUUACUUCUUGGACUUUUUGCGUGGUUGAAUGGUGCCUUCUGAAGACCUGAGGUGAAGAGAGAAGAGUGUCCCUUACAGAAGUUUCUCCUCUGACCGUCCUGCUAUCCAAACAGCUGGAGUCUUCAUCAUGUGGAGACGAUUGAAAAGUUUAAUAUUGCUUCUUACAAUAUGGCACCAAGCAUCCGCAGGUCCUGUGUUCCGUAGCCCGUGUGAGCUGCUCCCGGUGGGGCAGGGACACCCGGUGCAGGCCCUGUCCAAAACCUUCACUGUUCUGGCUGGAUGUGCGAGCAAAGGCACCAGUGGACUACCACAGGAGGUGCAUGUAGUCAACGUCAGAGGAAACACACCAGAGGGACAGGACGGGACACUACCACAGGUGCAGCUCCAUCUGAAGCCCAUCCAGUCUCUGCUCCGUCAUCAGAAGGCCCUAGUGUUUGUGCUGAACUCUCCACAGCCGCUCACAUGGAGGAUCCGCACUGAGAACCUGGCUCCGGGCGCCACACACACCUUUCAUGUUUCAGCAGAAUCACAGGUCCAGUUCCAAUCCUCAGAUCUUGCUCUCACUCACUCUCACGUCCUGACGGAGAGUUUGCCCCAUGGGAACGAGCAUCUCCUCAACUGGGCACAAAGGAAGUACAAGGCCAUCACGUCCUUCUCCGAGCUGCGCAUGACCCAGGACAUCUACAUCAAAGUGGGAGAAGAUCCAGUCUUCUCCGACACGUGUAAGAUCGAUACGCGGUUUCUGUCUCUGAAUUACUUGGGCGGGUACGUAGAGCCCCAGCCCUCCAAAGGCUGCAUUCUCUCUGGACCUGAUGACAAAGAGGUGCACGUCAUCGAACUGCAGGCCCCCAACUCUAGCAGUGCGUUCCAGGUGGAUGUGAUAGUGGAUCUUCAGCCUCUGGAGGAGGACGCCCCUCUGCACCGUGAUGUGGUCCUCAUCCUCAAAUGUGCCAGAGCUGUCAACUGGGUCAUCGAGGUCCACAGAGUCAUCGGCAAACUGCAAGUGGUGGCCUCCGACACCAUCAGCAUUGGUUCUGGUAAAGAGUUGAUGCAGGUGACUAAAGUACCCAAGCAAUCUUUACCUUUGGGCUCUCAGAACUUGAUCCAAUGGACCGAGGAGCAUGGCUAUGGCCCGGUCACCUCCUACACCAGCACUUCUGUGGCCAACCACUUCAACCUCAGACUCCGCGAACAUGACAGAGUAGACCCUCUGGACAGCAUGUUCUCUCCGGACCUGUCUGUCCUCCAUGAUUCCAGGCCUCACCAUGAGCCCAGGACUGCCCCUCGUCUCUCUGGCCUGCCUUUCCCCUUCACCCCUGCUCCCCGUCCCUCAGAUGACCUGCCAUACCUAGGCCUGCCCCCCUCCUUGGACGAUGGGGCCUGGGACAAUGAGGGUCCGGAGGAGGUUCAGAGAGUGCUCAAUGUGGGGAUGACAGUGCAGUGUGAAGAGUCCAGGAUGGUGGUCAGCAUAGAUAAAGAUAGCCUCAAGGCAAACGGAUUUACCAACGCCAGCAUCACUCUUCAAGACCCAGAAUGCAAAGCGACAGUGAAUGCAACACACUAUAGGUUGGAGACCCCUCUGGAUGGGUGCUUGACCGCUGUUUAUCCCAUACAGGGCAGCUCCACUAAACUACACAUCAACUCUGUUUUUGUUAGUCAUGUUGAGUCCAAAGAUGGGAGCGGUGGCCCCUUGGAGUUCGAUCAGGAUCCGGACUCUGAAGACCGUCUGUUUCCCAGAGAGGCUGCCCCGGACCGCACAGAUCCCCUUUCUGUCAUCAUGUUCAACUGCAGCUACUCAACAAAGCCAGACUCUUCAGAAAUCCCACCCAGGAUAAUGCCCGAACUACAGAGGCCUAAGCCAGUCAACGUGUCCUUCAGCAUAGAACUGUACAACACUCAACCAUUCAGUGACCCCUCACGACAGUCCUUCUACACAGUGUCACAAAACCUGCAAGUCUAUGUCCAGAUCACCUCCAGCACCUCUGACCCGGACCUGAGCUUCACCAUCAUCUCAUGCCUUAUCUCCCCCAACUCCAACCCCCGCAGCUUCUCCGACUACCUCCUCAUUGAAACCGUCUGCCCCACGGACGACUCUGUCAAAUUCUACCCCAACCUGAACCUCCAGAGCGAAAAGAAGACCUUCAGUUUCAACUUCAACUCAAAGUUCAAUGCAUCUCUGCUUUUCCUGCACUGUGAGAUGUCGCUAUGCUCUAAAAAAUCUUCAGGAUCGUUGCCAGCGUGCUUACAGCCCGGUGAAACCUGUGAUUCUCUGUCAGUGGAUAAGAUCAUGGUGAUGAUGAUGAACACCAAGACUGCUACCAAGCCUUUAGUGGUGUUGGACGGAUCCACUGAACCCGAUAUCACUGGCAAGUUACACAUUAUACUAGCAUUCCAAGUAAUAAGGCAUAUAUCAUAAGUUUGUAUUGCAAUAUGGAUAUAUUUGCCCAGUAUACUCAGUAAAUUUCUUUUUUUCUUUUCACAAUCUCUGAACCUGAUCCAAACUGGCCCAGUUACAAGAAUAAACAAUUUGCACAGGUUUGGGUGAAUUCAUGAGCAAGUCAUUUGAAAUCUCAUAAUUAUAAUUUUUUUGCUUCAGCAAGUAUCUAUGACAUGGAUAAGUAUAACAUUACUGCCUUGUAUUUAGGUUCUUGUAUAUUAGUAUUUGAAGGGGUCAGCAAUAACAAGGAGCCAUGGAUUAUCAGUUGCUUAACAAUAAAUACAUUAAUUUUAAAAAUCUAUUAGAUAUAUAGAUUGGUAUUUCCCAAAUUUUGGUACCACUGACAAGCUCACUGGUAAUCAAGCUCCUUCACAGUUCUUAUAUUGGCUUAAUUUAGUCACUUUUAUCCACGUUUUUGUCCUCUGGGUGAUUUAUUGGCAUGAAGUACUAUAGUAAUGAUGUAGACCAAUUUUAUGCCUGGUUUUGCCUUUGUUUACAGCUGCAAUUUCCUCAUUAUAGACCAGGUUUUAGUGUUAUUACAGUAUCAAAAUUUCAACCUUGAUUUCAAUACUAAGGAAUAGACUUGACUCAAUCCCGAUUCUGAUUCCAAAAUGAUAAUAAAAACACUCUUUCGAUACUUGCUCAAGAGAGUAUUUAGUUUCAGUGCUAGUUUUAAUAUCAGUUAGUAUCUGAUUUUUGAUACUUUUGACAACCCUACCAGGUUUAGAUCUGGCAGUACUUGGAAAGCCAAAUCUUUUCUUAGAUGUGGAAAGUUUGAGAACUACUGAUAUAAAUGCUACAUUACAGUCAUACAAUUCAAGAUAGUUAUGAUGGAGUCUGCGAAUGAGACCAAAACCACUAAUAACAACACAUCUUUCCCACAUGUGUUUCUCAUUAGUUGCUCUCUAUAGGUUAGCAUUGCUGGUGCUUAUACGUCUGUUUACAUUUAUGCCUCUACACAAUAGUUUUUUUAAUAAGUUAGCGUGUGGCUGGCUAAUGCUGCAGCCAACUUUUAAGAGACAUAUGGAAAAAGCACAGUAAUUCCCAUUGUCAAAUAAGACACAUAUACUGUAACUGUGAAUUUAUGAUAGAAAACAGCAGGAGAAUGCACUGCAAUGGUCUCAUUCAAAGCUAUGGGGAGCGUGCCAUUAUGGUUAGCUCAGUGUUGGUUGAAUUACGCUAUUGGUCUAGGUAAUAAUGUACGGUAUAAUUAGCAUGUGGGUAUGUUGCUGACUGCAAACCUCUGCCAAAUGACACUAUUAGGAGAGAGGAGGAAAGACCAGAGAGGCGGAGAGAGGAGGAGUUACAUCCAGUUUCUUUUAUGGUUGUUUAAGCAUUAGAAUCCAAAAUUUUCUCCUUGGUUCAUUAUUAAAAUUUUAAUUGUCAGUGCAAAUUUUAAACCUAAUCAUUUAUAUUAGUGACAAUGUCCAUUUUCAAACCAAAAAAUGCUCAUUUCCAGUAGUGCUGUAACUGUAACCCACUCAGUGAAACUCAGCAGUUAUAGCUCUUGUAAGUUCUUUCCUUUGUUGGGCCAGAUGGAAACAGAAUACAGAAUAAUAAAAAAAAAUAUACAUAUUGUCCAGUUAAAAAAGUGUUAAAUAUAGUUUAGAGAAAGUAUAUUGAGCCACAGGAGAAAUUAAGAGUUGUGGGAGUUAAAAGUCACAGUACACACCUUUUUCGUCAAAAAUAGAAUAUGGCAUAUUUAUUUUUAUUAUUUUUUUCAGUUUGGUUGUUUUUAUUGCAC